AUGGUGAAGCGCAAAGGUGUCUGGGUGCGCGACUAUGACUUGCCCUCUCCAACCUAUCCCAGCGCCUCUCCAUUUCCCUCAUCUUCAACCUCGCUGUACCCCACCCCGCCGCCAGCCAAACGUGCUCGAAAAGCCGCGCCGAAAACCCAAGAUCCCGACGCGCGGCCCCUCGAAAAGCGGCUCGCCAUCUUCAAGAAGAAAUGCCCGCAGAACAUCCUCGAGCGCGUGCAUCGCGUGAUGGAGCAGCGCUUCUUUAUGGUGGACCGCCGGCGGAAUGGGAACGAGUUAAGGGAGGAGUUCAGUGUGCUGGGGUCGACUGGGAAUGUGUAUACAGUCACGAUUGAUAAAGUCCCGUCGUGCACUUGUCCGGAUUUCUUGAAGGGAAACCAUUGCAAACAUAUCGCACUUGUUCAUUUUUUUGAAAGGUACGAUCUAUCAUGCGCAGCACGCGCUACUGAUUCACACAAUCGCGUCGCAGUUCUUCAAGUAACUCAAGCAUCGGGACAUUGGUACCAAAAAGCCCUCCUGACAUCGGAACUUCAAGACAUCUUCUCCCAAGCGCCCGUCGCACCCAACGCCAUCCCCGUAGCUCCAACAGGCGUCCGCGAAGAGUUCGCCCGCGUAACGGGUCGCCCAAUCCGCGUCUCCCCAUCCCCCUCACCGUCUCCGUCUCCCCCAGCUUCACCAGACUACCGCAAUCUCGAUUUCAUCGACCUCACCGUGACGCCUCCGCGCAAGAAACAAAAAGGAAAGGAGAAGGAGAAGGGGAAGGAGAAGGAGAAAGAUAAGAGGAAGAUCCCGGGCCCGGACGAUGACUGCCCCAUCUGCUACGAAGGCAUGCACGAAGUCGACCUCAAAACGCUCGAAUUCUGCGCAGAAUGCGGUAAAGCCGUGCAUAACGAGUGUUUCGGGCAAUGGAAGACCACAGCGCGGUCGAAGGGCCACGAUAUUACCUGCGUCUACUGCCGUACGAAGUGGGCUUUCCCUGCUGCUGCCGCUUCGACGAGUGCUGCCCCUGGUCGUGCCGCUGGAAAUGCUCGCGCGAGGGUGUCGGAGGGGUAUCUGAAUCUCUCCGGUGUCGCGGGGUUGAGCCCUGUGAGGGAUACUAGCUCAUGUGAGUCAUCGCCGUCUGCGUUAAAUAUCCAUCCAAGCUACGGCUGGAAUUCGACGCGGCUUCCUCAUCUGCAACCGCAUUCGGCGUCGUCGUUCUCUCCCCUCUUGCUUGAAGCUGCAGUCGGAUGA